ACCACUAGUACAGCAGAAACAUCUACAACAACAGAGACUUCCACAUUCACAACAGCUCCUGCUGAAACAUACACCACUAGUACAGCAAAAACAUCUACAACAACAGAGACUUCCACAUUCACAACAGUUCCUGCUGAAACAUCUACCACUAGUGCAGCAGAAACGUCUACAACAACUGAGCCCUCCACAAUCACAACAAGUCCUGCAGAAACAUCUAUCACUAGUACAGCAGAAACAUCUACAACAAUAGAGACUUCGACAAUUCCAACAACUCCAGUUGAAACAUCCACCAUUAUCACAGCAGAAAUAUAUACAACAACAGAGCCCUCCACAAUCACAACAACUACUGCAGAAACAUCUACCACUAGUGCAGCAGAAACAUCUACAACAUCAGAGACUUCCACAUUCACAACAGCUCCUGCAGAAACCUCUAUCACUAGUACAGCAGAAACAUCUACAACAACAGAGACUUCCACAUUCACAACAGCUCCUGCUGAAACAUCCACCACUAGUGCAGCAGAAACAUCUACAACAACAGAGCCCUUCACAAUCACAACAACUCCUGCAGAAACAUCCACCACUAGUGCAGCAGAAACAUCUACAACAACAGAGCCCUUCACAAUCACAACAACUCCUGCAGAAACCUCUAUC